AUGUUUGGUAGUCGAAACAGAAGGCUUUUCAUCAAAGGACAAGAAAUCAGCCCUCAGCAACAUAACCGGCGGAAAAUAUUUUUUGAAAUAAUCUCUAAGCCCCGGGGUCACAAUUUCAGUAAAAAUCUGACUUUUGGAAAUUCACUCAAAAAUGGUGCCAAACGCUUGCAAAUGCUCCCUGAAGGGUUUGGCAGUCGAAAGAGAAGGCUUUUCAUCAAAGGACAAGAAAUCAGCCCUCAGCAACAUAACCGGCGGAAAAUAUUUUUUGAAAAAAUCCCUAAGCCCCGGGGUGACAAUUUCAGCAAAAAUCUGACCUUCGGCAAUUCAUUCAAAAAUGGUGCCAAACGCUUGCAAAUGCUCUCCUGA